AUGGCAGUUGGAAUGCACAAAAUUUUGGUGAUUGGAAUCGGCAUUUUUGUCAGCUGUUUGCUGCUCCAAUGCGGACAAGUUGAUGCAAAAGAAUAUAUAGUGGGGGAUGAGAAAAGAUGGAGCCCUGAUGCCAACUUAACCCAGUGGACUGAGGGCAAGAAGUUCAAGGCCGGAGAUGUUUUGGUUUUCAAAUAUAAUAGAGAUCCCUUUCUCAUGGUAGCUGCUGUACGGGACAAGUAUUUGUUCGAGAAGUGCGACUUAUAUGCCGGUGCGAUAAACAUAUACCGUUCAGGAAACGAUUAUGUGGUAUUGGAGAAGGGCACAACCUACUUCGCACCUUAUUUGACUCCCUAUUGUGAAAAUGGAAUGAAACUUACAAUUGAUGUGGAGUAA